AUGAAUCCAAGAAACAGUGUAUUACCUUCACGUAAACUCGGAGAUCAUCGUGCUAGAGAAUCAUACCCCUUAAUCCUCCAGAUAUUUCCACAAAUAUAUUUUCGCUCUGUACAAAGGAGCAACAAUAAGGGAGAAACAUUGAAGGGACGCCUCUCCUUGGCGAUUACACCCAGUCCGGAGCCGCUGCUCGGCCGAAACGAAAGCGGAGCAGAAACCUGCGCGGAGAGGGAAGGCGGCGCAUUGUCUUCUUCCUCGAGGGCCGAGGGCGGGGCCGCCCGAGCGACUAGCGCCGGAUCCUCGCGGAUCGGAGGAGGAGGAGGCGGCGGCGGCGGCGGCGGCGGCAGUGGCGCUCAGUGGGUCGAAAUGGCACUAAAUGACCCAAGAUGCGUCGGUGAAAACACUCACUGUGCGGCGGGCGCGCCUUGCUGGCGGAACAUCGGGCUGCCCGCCGCCGGUAAUUCCCUUCCCGGCGAGGAAGGUCGGCGAGAGCGAGGGCGGCGGCGGUGCGGCGGCGGCGGUGGCGGUGGGGGCGGAGAGGGGCGCACCACCGCCCUAAGCCGUCGUAAGCCGGCGCUUGCCGCUCCCAAACCGCCCGCCGCCCGCCCGCCGCCGCCCCGCCGCCGCCCGCCCGCCCGCCCGCCCCCGCCCGCGCCGCGCGGCCCGCGCCGCCGCCCGCCGCCGACGCCCGUUUGCGGCGGAAACUGCCGAAGCUGCGCCCCUUCCUCGUGCACGCUCGCCGUGGCUGACCGAACGCACCAGCACGGCCCCGCCAGACGUGUCAAAGAUAUCCCCCAGCUCCCCAAAGAUACCUCCGUACGACGAAUGUGGCCGCGCUGGACUUCCUUGAAGUUGAAGCGACGCGUGGCGGCGCGCGGCGGGCGCGGGCGCCGGCGGGGGCGGCGCGGCCGGCGGGCCGGGCCGCAUGCGUGCGGCCGAAGGCGCGGCCCAGCGGCGGCGGCGGCGGCAGUAGCAGAGGCGCACGCUCCGCUCCGCCAUGAGGACCCGGCGCUGCUGCUGCUGGGCGCCGGCAACGGCACGACGGACGCGGCCCCCGUGGUGGACUACCCGUGGACCAGCAGCGCGUGGCCCAACGCGUCGUCGACGGCCGCCGGCGGCGCCGACAACGCCAGCGUCUGCGACGCCGCCGACAACGCCACCUGCUCGCCCGACCAAGACCACGGCAUGCUCACCUGCGACGUGGAGCAGCCCACGCUCUACCUCAUCACGCAGCUGCUGUACGCCACCGUGUGCGUGGUGGGGCUUCUGGGCAACUCGCUGGUGAUCUACGUGGUGCUGCGCUUCUCCAAGAUGCAGACCGUCACCAACAUGUACAUCGUGAACCUGGCCGUGGCGGACGAGUGCUUCCUGGUGGGCAUUCCGUUCCUGCUGGCCACCAUGUCCAUGCAGCUGUGGCCCUUCGGCAACCUCAUGUGCAAGGCCUACAUGACGUCCACCUCCAUCAACCAGUUCACCUCCUCCAUCUUCCUCACCAUCAUGUCGGCCGACCGCUACGUGGCUGUGGUGUCGCUGACGGCGUGGACGGCGUCGGCGCUGCUGAUGGUGCCGGUGUUCAUGUACGCCAGCACGGUGGAGCGCGAGGACAUGAGCAGCUGCAACAUCCUGUGGCCCGAGAGCGCGCACGUGUCGGGCCAGACCGCCUUCACGCUCUACUCCUUCGUGACGAAGUUGGUGCUGACGGUGAUCGCGGUGUACGUGCUGUGCUGGCUGCCGUACUGGGUGACGCAGAUGGCGCUCAUCUUCACGCCGCCCAAGCAGUGCCAGUCGCGCGUGGCCGUGACGGUCUUCCUGCUGGCCGGCUGCCUCUCCUACUCCAACUCGGCCAUGAACCCGGUGCUGUACGCCUUCCUCUCCGACAACUUCAAGAAGAGCUUCCUCAAGGCGUGCACCUGCGCCGCCGGCAAGGAGGUCAACGCCACGCUGCACAUGGAGAACUCCGUCUUCCCGCGCCGCCACAAGCAGGUGCGUGCCUCGCUCAGC